AUGGUGGCGCACAAGGUCCAGUAUGACCACAACAUGUCGGACCAGCCCCUCCGCGUCUGCCUCGUGGGCUCUGGCAACUGGGCAUGCGCGAUCGCGCGGAUCAUCGGCGAGAACACCGUCUUGAACGACUCCGUGUUUGAGCCCAAGAUCAACAUGUGGGUGUUCGAGGAGCUCGUCCGUGGCCGCAAAUUGACCGAUAUCAUCAAUCAAGAGCACGAGAACAUCAAGUAUCUCCCUGGGUACAAGCUCCCUUCGAAUGUCGUGGCCAUUGCUGACCUAAAGGAAGCCGCUCGUGGUGCAGACAUUCUCGUGUUUUGCCUCCCACAUCAGUUCUUGCCACGUCUGCUGCCUGACGUCCGCGCCAUACUGAAGCCCGGCGCGUUUGCUGUGUCGCUCAUCAAAGGCAUCGAUUUCAACGAAAACGGAGGGAUUGUCCUCGUGUCCGACAUCAUCCGCGACGGCCUUGGAAUCGAUUGUAGUGUGCUCAUGGGGGCGAACGUAGCCAACGAAGUCGCGGCCGGCGACUUUUGCGAGUCCACAUUGGGCACGCUUCAUCUUCAUCACGGCGACAUCCUUCGCCAACUCUUCCACGCGCCGACAUUCCAUGUCAAUAUUGUCCUGGACCCGCACGGCGUCGAGCUGUGCGGCGCCCUGAAAAACGUGGUGGCGCUCGGCGCGGGCUUUUGCGACGGCCUCGGGUACGGCGGCAACACCAAGGCAGCAAUCAUUCGGCUCGGGCUGAUUGAGAUGAAGAAGUUUUGCUACCGCUUCUUCGACGGCAUCAAGGAAGACACGUUCUUUGAGAGCUGCGGCGUCGCGGACUUGAUCACGACGUGCUUUGGGGGGCGGAACCGCAAGUGCGCCGAGCUGUUUGUGAAAGACAAGGGUGUGACGUGGGAAGAGAUGGAGGCGACGGUGCUGAAUGGCCAGAAGCUCCAAGGCACGGGCACCGCCAAGGAAGUGUACCAUAUCAUCGAAAGGACCAACGCGUUGCACGAGUUUCCGCUCUUCACCGCGAUCUAUCGCAUCGCAUUCGAGCGUGAGGACCCGAAAAACAUUGCAAAGCUUUGA